AUGGGAAUCCAUGGCCUGGCGAAGCUUAUUGCCGACGUGGCUCCUGGCGCCAUCCGGGAGAACGACAUCAAGUCUUACUUCGGCCGAAAGGUCGCUAUAGAUGCCUCCAUGAGCAUCUACCAGUUCCUGAUCGCGGUGCGGCAGGGAGCUGAAGUCCUUCAGAAUGAGGAGGGUGAGACCACGAGUCACCUUAUGGGCCUGUUCUACCGGACCGUCCGCAUGGUGGAGAACGGCAUCAAGCCGGUUUACGUCUUUGACGGCAAACCCCCCCAGCUGAAAUCAGGAGAGCUGGCGAAGCGGACUGAGCGCCGAGCUGAGGCCGAGAAACAUCUGCAGGAGGCUCAGGAAGCUGGAGAGGAAACCAACAUUGAGAAGUACAGCAAGAGGCUGGUCAAGGUGACCAAGCAGCACACCGACGAGUGCAAGAAGUUACUGACGCUGAUGGGCAUCCCGUACGUGGAGGCACCAGGGGAGGCUGAAGCCAGCUGCGCUACCUUGGUGAAGGCUGGGAAGGUCUACGCAGCUGCCACGGAAGAUAUGGAUUGCCUGACCUUCGGCAGUCCUGUCCUGAUGCGGCAUCUCACUGCCAGCGAGACGAAGAAGCUGCCCAUCCAGGAGUUUCACCUGAAUCGUAUUCUGCAGGAUCUAGACUUGACCUGGGAACAGUUUGUGGAUCUGUGUAUCCUCCUGGGCUGCGACUACUGCGAGAGCAUCCGCGGCAUCGGGCCCAAGCGCGCUAUUGAGCUCAUCAAGGAGCACAAAACCAUUGAGAAGAUCGUUCAGCAGAUAGACACCAAGAAGUACCCUCUGCCUGAGAACUGGUUGCACAAAGAGGCCCAGAAGCUGUUUCUAGAGCCUGAUGUGGUCAACCCCGAUACCGUUGAGCUGAAGUGGACGGAGCCGAAUGAAGACGAGCUCGUUCGGUUCAUGUGCGGGGAGAAGCAGUUCAAUGAAGAGCGAAUCCGCAACGGGGUGAAGAGGCUGAGCAAAAGCCGUCAGGGCAGCACGCAGGGCCGGCUGGAUGACUUCUUCAAGGUGACGGGCUCCAUCACGUCAGCCAAGCGCAAAGAGCCGGAAACCAAGGGCUCAGCAAAGAAGAAAGCCAAGACCAACAAUGCCACAGCUGCAAAGCCCAAAAAGGGCAAAUAG